AUGCCACAUAGUCAGGCUCGCCGAUACUGCCAGUUCCUUCUCCACGACAUUGAGAAUGAACUCAACAAAGGCGAUACCUUGAUUUUCGUCGACUUCCCGACUCCUGUGAAGCCAGCAGACAGCGUUGAUUGCUUCAUAUACUCAUGGAACUCGGUUCGAUUCCGGAUGCACUCCAAGAAGCUCUUGGCUACUGGGUCAUCCAAGUUCGCCGAGAUGCUGAAUCCUACCUACCAGUUCCGUGUUCAGCGUCGGCGCAAGAUUGCCAAGAGUCUCCCCCCUGGCAUCAAAUAUGUCUUGGAUCUCACGCCUCCUUCCGAGGGCGACGAUCUCGUCUUCCAGAUGACCGAAGCUUCGCUGACACCGGGUAUCAUGGACUGGUGGACGGCUUUCGACAAGCACGGCGUAGACGACUACGUCGUGCGUGGCCAUGACGACGUUUGCUCUUGUUGGAAGGAGACCAAUUUCGAUAGCUUCAACAUGAUUAUCGACAAGAUCUCGACGAGCGAAGCGGCACGAGAUGAGAACAAGGAGCGGGACCCGGAGAUGGAGUAUGCCAUCAGUUCGGCCAUCAGAGAGAGUUUGCGCGACGUCGUCUCAGAGAACAGCAAGAAUAAGGAGAGGCUGUACAGAGAGGACAAGGGAUUGGCUGCCAGGGUUCUCGAGAAGAAAUCUAGAGGGGAUCUUUCCGCUGCCCCGAUUCCCCCUUACAGACGAAUCCCGGACUACUGCCCGAUCCGCCAUCGCGUCAACAUCCUGCGCCUCAUGUGCAUCAUUGCAAACAAGCGAGUUUUCAUCGAUUCGGCCGCUCGACUUUGGACCCUGGUGGCAGUGGCCAAGAUUUUGGACUGUACCACUGUUGUGCGCGAUCUGGUUCUCCAAUGGAUUACAACUCCCAACAACACCUCCUUCAUCGAAGUGUUGCCCGAAGAGAGCCUUCAGCUCGGAGUCACCCUGAAGCUGGACGCCGUCACCCGCACAGCGUUCCGAAUCCUGGUCAACGAGCUGGCCCUGGAAGAAGCCGCCGAUGUCAAGGGAACACCCAAGGCCGCGGCCUACACCGUCUUUGGACGCAAACGCCACGAUCCCGGCGACGACUUGAACAACCUCAUCCAGCACGCGGCCAGAGCCAUGGUCGAGCGUGUAUCGUGGCCCGUCAACCAGCUGGUCAGCGACACCAUCUUCGACGACCUGCAGAUUCCGGAGUGGGCGCGGUUGAAGACCCUCAUCAGCAUGCUUUCGAGCUGCCCCGACGACCCCGUCAUGGUCAAGGCCAAGGUCUCCGCGCUGACAGUCUCGUUCUCGUUAAAGACUCUCUGGGAGACCAACGUGGUCUAUAAGCUGCUCAGGAAGCCUCUCGAUGCCGAUGAUCUCCAAAAGAUUGACGACCACCGAGCCAGCUACGUCGACAUUCAGAACUUCAACCGCUUCGAGAUCAUCUACAACCAGUUCAACAAUGUGCAGAAGGCUCUGUGCCCCUUCCUGUACGAGACGACCGGCAACAAGUGGACGUCCCUAUCCGAGGUGUUCACUACGGGCGCCUCGGGCCAGAUGAACAUGUACAACGUGGUUUCGACCUUGUGGAAGCACCUGAAGGAGGUUCUCUACGCGCACCCCUCGUUCGCCUGGGAUGACACUUGGAUGGCGGUUCUGAACCUCCCUCGCCCCCUCUCCAUGAAGAACCCCCAAGACACCUGUGAGCUGAACGUCCCAGGCGCAUACAAGUACGGAUUCGAUAACCACGAAUUCCAAAAGCCGCUCCAGGACUUCCUCAGGCCGUUCUACCAGGAAUGCGUCCGUGCCGACUUUGAGAUUAGGAUGAACUUGACGCCGCACUUGCUGCUGAACCUGCACCAGAACGAGCUCAAGUUCCUGCCUCUCUGGGCCGGCGGUAACGACGACGGUACCGGAGGUGUGUUUGAGCACUCCCUGCCGCCUGCUGAUUACGGCCCAGCGGGUCCGGGACCGGCCUACCACACCGGCAUCACGAUCCCCUCAGACGCCUCUAGUACCACGGGUUCGAUGAGCAGCGAGCUGAGACAGCUUCGCCUGGAGGGAAGCGGUAGCACCAUCGGCCCUGGCAGUGUGGACGUGCAAGACGGCAUCUCGACCAUCUUCAACCCGAACAGGGUCAUCGCCGACGACGUAUCAGUCCGCACAGAGUCCUUCACGGACGGAGACUCAGAGUUCGGUAACGCCAAGUUCGCCGUCCCUGCGGACGGACAGUCCGUGGCGGAGGCCAUGAGCACCAUGGUCCUCGAUGAGAGUCACGACCAGUCGGACGCCGGCACCAGCAUCCACUUCGAUACUGACGUUGACGAGGACGACGAGGUGAUGACGGAGAUUGGUCCAGAGGAAAGCCGCUCGCGAGAGCAGACGCCCGAGUACGUCAUUGAGGGCUCUGGUGCUCGCGCGGCAUUCUCGACUCGUGAGGACCAGCCGGCCUCCGCUGAGUCCUCUUCGAAGAGCACCGCUUCUUCUUCCCUUCUUGAUGACGACGAUGAUUUGGUUAUGGUCUAG